UCUUGCUGCGUUCACACUCACUCUCUGAUCAUCACUAAUAUUCUCUUCCGCUAUUGCACUGUGCCCUUCUUUUUCUUCUUCCUAUUCUUCAUCUUCUUCUUUGAUACAAAACCAAUGGCCAAAGACCCGAUUCGUGUUCUUGUCACCGGUGCUGCUGGACAAAUUGGGUAUGCUCUUGUUCCUAUGAUUGCUAGGGGAGUAAUGCUGGGCCCUGACCAGCCUGUGAUCCUCCAUAUGCUUGACAUUCCACCUGCAGCAGAGUCACUGAAUGGUGUUAAAAUGGAGUUGGUGGAUGCUGCAUUCCCUCUUCUUAAAGGUGUUGUUGCUACAACCGAUGUGGUUGAGGCAUGCACUGGGGUCAAUAUUGCGGUAAUGGUUGGUGGGUUCCCUAGAAAAGAAGGUAUGGAGAGGAAAGACGUGAUGUCCAAAAAUGUAUCUAUUUAUAAGUCCCAGGCCUCUGCUCUUGAAAAGCAUGCUGCCGCAAACUGCAAGGUUCUGGUUGUUGCUAACCCAGCAAACACCAAUGCUUUGAUCUUGAAGGAAUUUGCUCCAUCUAUUCCUGAGAAAAAUAUUUCUUGUUUGACUAGACUGGAUCAUAACAGGGCACUGGGUCAAAUUUCUGAAAGACUGAACAUUCAAGUUUCUGAUGUAAAAAAUGUUAUAAUCUGGGGUAACCAUUCAUCAACUCAGUAUCCCGAUGUCAACCAUGCAACUGUUAUAACCUCUGCUGGGGAAAAGUCUGUCCGGGAACUUGUUGCUGAUGAUGCCUGGUUAAAUUCAGAAUUUAUAACUACCGUACAACAACGGGGUGCUGCAAUUAUUAAAGCUAGAAAGCUUUCAAGUGCACUGUCUGCUGCUAGUGCUGCUUGUGACCACAUUAGAGAUUGGGUUCUUGGAACUCCUGAGGGAACCUGGGUAUCGAUGGGAGUUUAUUCUGAUGGAUCUUACAAGGUACCGGCUGGAUUGAUCUAUUCAUUCCCUGUCACUUGUCGCAAUGGGGAAUGGAAAAUAGUUCAAGGACUUCCAAUUGAUGAGUUCUCAAGGAAAAAAUUGGACUCGACAGCAGAAGAGCUUUCUGAGGAGAAGGCUUUAGCUUACUCAUGCCUCUCUUAGACCUCUUGUUUCUUUGCUUAGUGUCAUUGCGGGUUCCCUUGUUUAUCUAUUCAAUUUUCAAUAAUGCUCCUAUAAGAUACACACAAACUAUUGUGGACAUUGCUUGUAUUGCAAUGUCUAAUCCCUUCUAUGAGGAUAUUUGAGCUAAUGUAUUGGCGCAUGUAAUAGGCUACAGGCUGCAUAUUCAAUGGGAUUAGGCUUAACUUCCAAUGCACGAGACUCCAUUCCAAUGCUUUAUUUUCGUUUUUGGUCGGGUAGUGUCUGUGCAAGUUCUUAAUUUGAUGUAUGAAAGUGCACAGGUUUGGUUG